GGGAGGUGUCGCGGCCGCCGGCCACGCCGUCGCAAUGCUGGGGAAGAAGCCAAGCGGGAAAGGAGGGUCCCGGGAGCCGGGCGCGCAGACCCCGGGCUCCGCCGGCCCGCGUUGCGCCCGCGCCGUGGCCCCGUGCGCGGCCCUCCUGUUCCUAGUGGCCGUCGCGUCUUGUCUGUACCUGGGGGUGAAAACCAACGACCUCCAGGUUAGGAUCGCCGCGCUCGAAGCUGCCCAGACCGGGGACCCCGCUUUCCGCGCGCUGCCCAAAGCUUACCUGGAGGAGCUGAACGCGAUGGUGCACGAGAAGGUGGAACGACUUCUGGCUCAGAAAUCCUAUGAACAUAUGGCCAAAAUCAGAAUCGCCAGAGAAGCACCUUCAGCAUGCAUCUGCCCAGCAGGACCUCCUGGGAAGCGAGGCAAGAGAGGCCGAAGAGGAGAAUCAGGUCCUCCAGGUCAACCGGGUCCUCAGGGCCCUCCUGGUAUGAAAGGUGAUAAGGGAGAACAAGGUGAUCAAGGACCUCGGAUGGUGUUUCCUAAAAUCAAUCAUGGCUUUCUCUCUGCUGAUCAGCAGCUCAUUAAACGCCGCCUGAUUAAGGGUGACCAAGGACAGGCUGGGCCUCCAGGCCCCCCAGGCCCUCCAGGCCCCAGGGGGCCACCAGGUGACACAGGGAAGGAUGGUCCCCGAGGAAUGCCAGGUGUACCCGGUGAACCAGGGAAACCAGGAGAACAAGGCAUGAUGGGACCACUGGGGCCUCCGGGACAAAAGGGUUCUGUUGGAGCACCUGGAAUUCCAGGGAUGGAUGGACAAAAGGGUGAUCCUGGAUUGCCUGGAGCAGUUGGACAGGAAGGAAUUCCUGGGCUGAAGGGGGAACCUGGAGAAAGAGGCGAAAAGGGAAAUGCUGGAGAGAGUGGUCCCAAAGGAGAUCCUGGUGAAAAGGGUGACCCUGGAUCCUCAGCUGCAGGAAUCAAGGGAGAACCUGGAGAAACUGGUCGGCCAGGGCAAAAGGGUGAACCCGGGCUUCCUGGGCUUCCUGGACUUCCGGGGAUAAAGGGAGAACCAGGUUUCAUGGGUCCUCAGGGAGAACCAGGCCUACCCGGUUUGCCAGGAACAAAGGGUGAACGUGGGGAGAUGGGACCACCUGGAAGAGGAGAGCGAGGAGAGCCUGGCAUCCCGGGACCUAAGGGCAAACAAGGUGAAUCAGGAACUAGAGGCCCAAAAGGGUCAAAGGGUGAUCGAGGUGACAAAGGUGACUCAGGAGCUCUGGGACCAAGGGGCCCACCUGGUCAAAAAGGGGAUCAAGGAGCCACAGAGAUCAUCGACUACAAUGGCAACCUCCAGGAGGCCUUGCAGAGGAUUACCACCUUAACUGUCACGGGUCCCCCUGGACCACCUGGGCCUCAAGGACUACAAGGACCAAAGGGAGAGCCAGGAUCUCCAGGCAUCCCAGGAGCUGACGGAGAGCAGGGGCUCAAAGGUUCGAAAGGAGACAUGGGCGACCCAGGUGUUCCAGGUGAAAAAGGAGGAAUUGGACUUCCUGGAUUACCGGGUGCCAAUGGAAUGAAGGGAGAAAAAGGAGAUUCCGGGUUGCCUGGUCCUCAGGGCCCUUCCAUCAUUGGCCCUCCAGGCCCACCCGGCCCCCAUGGCCCACCUGGCCCAAUGGGACCCCAUGGACUUCCUGGGCCAAAGGGUGAACCAGGGUUAACUGGUGUUAAAGGAUUGAAGGGUGACCCAGGUCAAAAGGGUGACAGAGGACCCCUUGGUCUCCCAGGAGCAUCUGGCUUAGACGGGAAGCCAGGAUCCCGGGGUACAGAUGGCCCUAUGGGACCUCAUGGCCCUGCAGGUCCCAAAGGAGAACAAGGUGAAAAGGGAGCUGUGGGAGAGCCAGGACCCCGAGGACAGUAUGGUUUGCCUGGGAAGGAUGGAGAGCCAGGUUUGGAUGGUUUCCCAGGCCCACGAGGCGAGAAGGGUGAUCUAGGAGAAAAGGGAGAAAAGGGAUUCCGUGGCGUUAAGGGGGAAAAAGGGGAGCCGGGUCAGCCCGGUCUGGACGGGCUGGAUGCCCCUUGCCAAUUGGGGCCAGAUGGAUUACCUAUGCCUGGUUGUUGGCAAAAGUGAUACCUCUAAC